CUGGGAGGAAUAUUCAAGCCCCCCAUAAAUUCUUACAUGAAGCAGCAUAAGUCGAUAAAAUCGGCUUAGUUUUUUAACGGAUAUAUUUUUAGAAGCCGUUCUGCGGAAAAUGAAAACGGGUCUCGAUUAUAGGAAUAAGCUAAUUCUAGCGCCCAUGGUACGUGUCGGCACGCUACCGAUGCGCCUGCUGGCUCUAGAAUACGGCGCCGAUCUGGUUUACACCGAAGAAAUCAUCGACUGGAAAUUGCUGCGGGCCGAACGCCUUACUAAUGAUGUACUGGGCACGAUCGACUACAUCGAUACCACCGACGGAACGGUCGUCUUCCGCACCUGUGCGGAGGAACGCAACAAAGUGAUCCUGCAAAUCGGCACUGCGUCGGUGGAGCGCGCGGUUGCGGUGGCAAAAAUGCUACAGCAGGAUGUCGCGGCGAUCGACGUGAAUAUGGGUUGCCCAAAGGAUUUUUCCAUUAAGGGUGGUAUGGGUGUCGCCCUGCUGUACGAUUUACCACGAGCGAAAGCAAUCCUCGAAGGGCUGGUGAGCAGCGUUACGAUACCUGUAACGUGCAAAAUUCGAAUACUACCCGAUCUUGAAGAAACGGUGCAGCUCGCAAAGGAACUGCAGUCGACCGGUAUCAGCGCGAUCGGUGUGCACGGACGAACGAAAACGGAAAGGCCUCGGGAUCCUGUGAAUGAGGAAGCCAUUGCGAAGGUCGCAAGCGCCCUGCACAUUCCCGUCAUUGCAAACGGUGGCUCGCAGAGCAUCACAAGGCGCCACGAUGUACUGCAGUUCGCACGUCGGUGCGGUACCACUAGCGCCAUGGUGGCCCGUUCCGCCGAGUGGAACUGUUCGUUGUUUCGAGCGGACGGUCCACUUCCGCUGGAUGACGUUAUCCGACGCUACAUUACGCUGUCCGUCCGCUACGAUAAUUCACCCUCGAACACAAAGUACUGCGUGCAGAUGAUGCUCAGGAGCUUGCAGGAGUCACCGAUUGGAAGACGGCUGCUCGACAGCCAAACCAUGCAGCAAAUUUGUGACAUCUGGGAGCUGGGUGAAUUUUGUCGCGAAACGCAACUUAAGUAUCAUCACGCUGGAAUAAAGGGAAGGCGCGCCUGCCGUCCGCGGACACUCUCCAACGAUGAAUCGGAGGAGAAGGCGAGCGAGAGUGGUCAGGUGGCCAGCAAAAAACAGUGCCUCGAGGAAAACAACCAAAACCAGAGCCAAGCGACGCCGUUGAUGCAAGAAAAUAUUUGUUUCAUACGAAGCAACUUUCCGAGUGACAAUGAUCUUCCAAAGACAAAGCUCUACACGUACGCCACGCGCAAUGGACACCCGAAAGCGCAAUACGAAGUCCAGCAGAAGGACAAACUGUUCCGGGCGACCAUCCAGUUCGGCGGGCAGCGAUACAGCAGCUCGUUUUGGGAAAAAAAUAAACGCUUCGCUGAACAGGGGGCCGCCCUGGUCUGUUUGCUAUAUCUUGGCGUCGAGGAGCGCAGUGCACUGAUCGCAAACGGUGCCAUGCUGCCAGAAAAAGAAUCGACCGCAACGGAAGGCGAUGCUACUGAGGCCGGUGCAAUCAAGACAUCUCCAGUGCAGCUGGCGGUCAAUACUAAGAUGUUACCAAAGGACGAAGGCUUGGAAAAUAAUGGAAAGAGUGCGGUGGAAGACAUGCCAACGUAGUUUUGUGAACUAUUGGUUUUCCUUAAUUGAUACCGUUUGUUUAAAAAAAUGUAAAUAUCGAAAUGAUGCAAAUCAUAAAGUUGUUAAAAUGAGUAAUAUCGAAAACAUCCCACAAAGCUUGUAAACUGUAUCGAACCGAAAUGAAACGAAGUUGCUUCAUCGAUAUCGAUGUAAAAUUAGAUCUUUCGCAUGGAGAAAAAAACGCUAAUGACAAGAUAAUAUCUAACUAAACGAUUAUCUCUACGUACUGUGUGCAUUUUUGCAACCUUGUAUGUUUAGUGCGAGUGCAUUUGAAUUAUGAAAUACUACCUCAUAGUACCGUCUAAAUGUUUGAACCAGUACCGCAUAUGGAGUUUGAGGCACAUUUCAUGCUGCACGGAUACAUAAAAAGAAAAACAUUAAGAUCUGACGAAACGCCCAUCCAAUAAACCAUCCACAGUGUCCAACGUAUCAGUUUCAAUGUUCACAAUGUUAAUAGUAAUGUUCGAAAAAUGAUUGUCUGGCAUUGUUCUAUUGCCCGAUAGUUAAAUCCAUCACCGAGAAUCAUGUAAAACUAUAAUGUUUGAUUGAACCCUUUCAACGAACGUAUUUUUGUAUUCAUUUGCCAGCGAAACAGAACACUUAAAAGAACAGUUCUAUUUUUCCAUCAGAGAACUAUUCUAAAAAAGACUUUACAAAAGACCAAUGAUCAACGACGGGUUUUAAAACUCUCAAAGAUAAAUAAAACGUGUAAC